UGUGACCUUGAGACUGUGACGACCGCCUUUUAUAACCAGGUACGUAAGUUGUGUUUAAAAUUAGGUAUGUGGAAUCAAUGCGGCUAACAUAGUAACCUUACAGUAACGCACUGUACUAUGUCUCCACGGUUAUUGAUUCUUAAAUGUCAGAAUUUAAAAAAAUCUGAAUAUUGCCAAUAAAAAUGGGUUAUAUGAUCACACUAAAAAGCAUGCUGCAGGAAAACUGGUUAAGUCAUUACAUAAGUUUCCUAAACAUGAAAAAAAAAUGAUGAAAACUUUAAUAAGUACUUGGCCAUGGUUUAAUCCAAAAUGUUUUGUCUAGAAAACCACUUAUUAAUAGUAGUAUUAAUCGUAUCAAGCUACUAAACAUAUCUUCGACCGAAAACUUUUAGAAGUAGUUCAUAUGGUAUAUAUGUAUAGCCAGUCUACGUGAAAAAUGUAUGUAGAUAUUAUAAGGAGUACAGCCAACAUAGUUAAUUAACCAGAAAAAGAAAUUAUACAACUCGCCUGGGUUGCUUUUUGAAUUCGUUGUAUUUGCCAGUGUUAGUUGUAUGAGUUUGAUUAAAAUCCUCAGCCAUCGUUUCGGAAUACCUAGCUUAUGUGUCCAGUAUUAAAAAAAAUAUUUAAUAUAACACUCCAGAAUUAUCCGGAUAUCACUGCAUCAGGAGUGACAGACAUAGAUGUAGGAAAGGAGGUGGCGUCCUGUUAUACAUAGCUAAUAGCAUAAAUAUCCGCUCCUCUACUAGAGAUUCCCAUGAUAGCGGUACUUGUGAAGUCAUUAGCUGUAAGUUGGCUAUCGGAUGUAGUACAUUUAUGCUCGGUGUCAUCUAUCGCAGCCCAAUCUGCCUAGCUGAUGACUUUGUUUUAGAGCACAUUCAUCUUUGGAGUGAAAAUACCAGAUGUUUGAUAAUAGGAGACUUUAACGCACCUGAUAUUAGUUGGACUGAUAUGACCACAGCAGGAUCUAUAAACUCCUUUGAUAGUAAGUUCCUGAUAACAAUAAUGGAGCAUGCACUAGUACAGCAUGUAUCCCAACCCACACGUUUUGGUGUUAACCAGGGUUCUUCUCUGCUGGAUUUGGUAAUCACUCAUGAGACUGAGGAUAUUGUCGACUUCAAUAUUCUCCCGCCGUUAGUGAACAGCGACCACGCUGUUUUGUCAUUCACGUUUCGUACUAGGGACAUGUUAUACGAUCAGGUUACACCUCGCCCAAAUGUAUGGAAAGCUAACAUAUCAGCCAUUCAGGAAUGUGCUGCUAAGACAAAUUGGUUAAUAGAUGCUAGCAUAUCAGUUGAAGAAGCAUGGUCUGUAUUUAAAGGUAAAUUUAGACUAGUUACGUCCCCGUUCAUACCAUACCUGGUACCGCGAAGACCGAAUAAUAGUCCACCAUGGAUAACUAAAACGGUCAGGAAACUCCUUAGAAAAAGGAAGAAUCACUGGGAUAUGUUCAUCUCUACCGGCUUAGAACAAUACAGAUCCAGUUAUUGUAAGAUUAGGAAUGCCUGUAAAGCGUUAAUAAGUAAGACUAGACUAUCAUACGAAAAACAAUUGGUUAGGGAUUCUAGAUAUAGUCCGAAACGGUUAUUCUCGUAUAUAAAAAGGCGAACUAAGAGAAGUGAUGGAAUUCCAUCACUUUUGAUACGAGAAAAUCCGUUAAUCUUAGCAGACAAUGAUGCCGAAAAAGCUGAAGCAUUAUCGGAAUACUUUAGUAAAGUGUUUUCUAUCGGUAAUGAGGAACGACCAAUGAUUCGUUGCGACCGUGACGGCUCGCUGAUGUAUCCUGUAGUCAUUGAGAAAGAUACUGUUUUAAGGCUACUCCAACAUCUCAAACCUGAUAAGUCCAGUGGUCCUGACGAUAUUCAUCCUAGGAUUAUGAAAGCCAUUUCACAUGAAAUUGCUGAACCAUUAGCGAUACUAUUCGACAUGUCUCUGAGACAGUCCAAACUGCCUAGAGACUGGAAAGACGCCAUAAUAAGUCCGGUGUAUAAGGCUGGGGGUAGGGAUUUAGUUAGUAACUAUAGACCCGUUAGCUUAACUAGUGCAGUUGUAAAACUGAUGGAGAAAAUCAUUCGGAUAGCUGUCAUAAACUAUGUUGAAGGGCAAAAUCUUUUCUCCAGGGCACAACAUGGUUUUCGGAAAGGCCUAUCUUGCUUGACAAAUCUUCUCAUUGCACGAGAAGAUUGGGCUGCGGCAAAGGAUCGGAAUACUCCUGUGGAUGUGAUUUUCAUAGAUCUAAGUAAAGCCUUUGAUAAGGUUUCCCACUCUGGUCUUAAAUUCAAACUGAAACGUUUUGGAAUCCAUUAUACAGUCGUCGAUUGGAUAAGUAACUUUCUCCAUGACAGGAGACAAAGGGUAAGGGUUAAUGGGACUCUCUCCUCGUGGGUACCUGUAAAAAGUGGGGUUCCCCAAGGUACAAUCCUGGGUCCUCUUCUCUUUUUACUUUAUGUAAAUGAAUUGCCAACUGUAGCAAAAUCAUCCGUUCUACUCUUCGCUGAUGACAUAAAGAUUUGGAGACCCAUACAUAGUAUGUCGGAUAGGAUAGUAUUACAGGACGAUCUUAGCUCAUUGGUGGCAUGGUUAGAUAGGUGGUCACUAGAAGUAAAUCCUAAUAAGAGUGUAGUGAUGCAGUUAAAUAACUCUGAUGAAUCGUAUGACUAUACACUACGUGGAUUCGUGCUACCAAAAGUAAGAUACUAUAAAGAUUUAGGAGUCAUAUUAAGCAAUGAUCUCAAAACGACUGGUCACUGUAAGGCUGCUGCUGCGAAAGGCUAUAGGGUAUUAUGGUCAAUUCGUAGGUCUUUCCAGUAUUUAGAUGAUGAAAUGUUUAGAUUACUAUACCCGAUUUAUGUGCGACCACAUUUAGAAUACGGGAUUCAAGCAGCGUGUCCUUGUUUCAAAUAUGAAGCAGAUAUGCUAGAAAGAGUCCAACGACGAGCUACUAAGAUGGUACAAGGUCUAUCUGGCCUAUCUUAUGAAGACAGACUGAGACACCUUAACUUAUUUCCGUUAUCUUACCGUAGAAUAAGGGGUGAUCUAAUAUUGGCCUAUCGUAUACUGAACGAUGACCUUGGUAUUAACAUGUCUUAUCUUUUGCUCCCGUCUAGAACCGAUCAUUUGAGAGGACAUUCGAAGAAAGUUCAAAAACCGAGAUCAAACCGUUUACGUCUGGAGUUCCGUUUCUCGCACCGAGUAGUGAAUUACUGGAAUUCUCUACCGGAACACGUAAUAUCAGCACCAUCUGUUAAUAUAUUCAAAACGAGAUUGGACCUCCACUGUAUUACAAACUGCAAGGAUUAAUAUAGGUCGACAGACCUCCUAUCCUUAUUACUGAAGACUGAAGACUUAUAUAUUAAAGGUAAAAGGUCUGGGGAGUUGUAGGUGAGGCGGAAUGAGGAAAAAAAUUAUUUUUAAGUAGAUGCAGGGUCUGAUUAGCUACGUGGUUAGAUUUUAUCCUGCAGCCGAAACUGUCAACAUCCUUGACUGACUAAUUGGAUGUGCCCAGCGAACCGUUUUAGUCAUUUGUAAAGAUUUAUCAUCUUUACAUGUCGAUUCCGUAAUGGAUUUGUCAGUUAAACGAUCUAACAAUACGUAUGGUGGUUCAUGAUCUAGAUAAGCCGGCUUUAGCCUAUUAAUACUUAUUGUGUCGAUGUUUCCAUGUUUUUCUAUCACGAAAUAUUUAGAUUUUCUUGAGACGACUUUGAAAGUACCUUCAAAUGGAGGACUGAAUGGUGUUUUUACUUUGUCACAUCUUAUCCAGAUGUGCGUGCAAUUGCUUAGGUCUUUAGGUACAUAUACGGCGCGCGAUUGUUCGCGAGUAUUAAUUGGUUUAAGUUUGGACAUAGGCACGGACUGGCAGGUAAGCCACGGAUUUUCGCGCACACGUUACAUGUCGUGGAUUUUUUGUGUCGUUAUUUACCAGCUAUUAACAGGCUUUUUUGCAUGACACAUGAAUUUCUGUAUUGCUAGUGCUUGUAACAUAGUUUUUAUUCCAAUUUAUUGGCAGUUUGACGUAUUUCUUGCUCACCACGUAAGUAAAUCUGAAGUUAGCUUAAUAUAGUUAUUUGUAACAAUACAAACUCAAGCAAGUAAAGUUAACCGUGUUUCUAGUCAAAAAUACAUUACAGAUUGAGUUUUCAUGAAAAUGAACCGUAAAAUCUUUUACAUAUGGUUCACCUCCUUGAUUGCGGUGACGGUGAACAUGGAUGUCGGUAGUUGUUUAUAAAAUGUAAGUAGAAGCAAUCAAGCGUUAACCUAAUUGUGAAUAUUAUAUAACUUGUUUGUAUUUAGCCAUAAACAGUUAUAUCCAUUAGAGGUACGAUUGUUUUGUACUGAAGUGACAUAAUUAUGUAACGUAUUUGAGAAAUAUCAUGUGAGUAACAAUUGACGUUUAUAGUGUUGUGCAGCGGCUUUCUGAACGUCUGCAGUAAUAGUGUAUAACCCCACAUCAAGUAGGAACAAAAUCUUCAUGAGUAAAACGAUCGGUGUUUCUUUUGAGCAUGGUGACACAACCAAGGUUUUUAGUUAAUACUGAUUUGUGACGUGUCUGUUAUAGGGUUCACAAAUGAGUUAUUAUAAAGUCUUCACUCCGUCUCCGUAAUACAGUUGUUGUGUUUCUUAGGAAGUUAUGAAUGAAUGUCACUACUUGUAAAUAAAAGAUUUAUAGGCACAGUCUGUUACUUGUUAUUUGAAUAACUUAUUGAAUAUGAUACUGAGAACAAAGUUUAAUUGUUUGUCUCAAAACGGAUUUGUUGUUUUUCAGAAUAGUAUGAAGCUUAUGGAAUUUAGGAUUACGGAAGAUCGUGUGGAAAACCGGUUUACAAGUUUACGAUAACUGUUUUAUAUUGCCUACUGCUAUGUUCACUCAUCUAAUGAAUUAUUUAAAUAUAAAUAUAACAACCAUACGCAGUGUUUUACAUUAUAAAUCCUAAUCAUGUGACUGCAUUACAUUUCGUGGUUUCUCACAAGUUGCAUACAACUGAAUAUGCAUUAUAAUUUAAGAUUGAGAGAAGAAAUAGUAUGAAAGAUAAUCAAAA